AUGGCAGCAGAGCUGACCUCCACCAAGCUCAACCCGGAGAGUCAUAUCAUCCUGGACCAACCGCUUCUUCGAUUGCCGAAUGAACUAGCGCGCAAGAACUUCAAAGCUGUACAGCGAGCCGUCGAGCGAGAAAAAGAAUAUGUCAUCCCCACACUCAAAGAAACCGCCAACGCCUCUCUAUCGAACAAGCAAACCCCGGAUCAAACCUUAGCUGCACUCGACGCAAUGAUAUCCAGAAUGCAAGGUCUUAAAAGGAAAAUGGAAGGUCUACAGGAAGAAGAAAAGAAAAUCCACCAUCAAUCUCGCAAGCGCAUCCAGCACUUGGAGACACUGCACAAGAUCCCGAGCCUAGCCGAUGUUAAGUACGAUCAAUGGUCAAGGGUACGGCUGGAUCGGUUGCUUGUGGACCAUAUGCUGCGUUCGGGAUAUUCAGAAAGUGCAAAGCAAUUGGCCCAGGAGAGAGGGAUUGAGGAUCUGGUGGAUCUCGGUGUAUUCACGCACUGUCAACGGGUGGUUGAGAGCUUACGGCGUGGGGAAACCAAGGAGGCAUUGCAGUGGUGUGGAGAAAACAAGGCUGCAUUGAAGAAGAGCCAGCAUAAUCUUGAAUUUGAACUUCGAUUGCAGCAAUACAUCGAGAUGGUUAGGACCCAGGACAAGUCCAAGAAGGUUGAGGCAAUAAUUCACGCCAAAAAAUACCUCAUAACAAACCAUCAAUCUCAAAACUCGGAGAUUAUGCGGGCUGCAGGAUUGCUUGUCUUCACACAGGAUACAAGAGCUGAACCGUAUAAGACCCUCUUUGCACUGGAUCGCUGGAAUUAUCUCUCGAAUCUUUUCGUCCAGACUCACCAUGAACUGCUUUCAUUGCCAUCACAGCCGUUAUUACAUAUUGCUCUUUCCGCAGGACUUUCCGCGCUGAAAACACCUCUGUGUCAUUCGGCUUACACAUCGUCCAGCUCAAACUCACAGUCAACGUCGACUUCUGUGUGUCCGAUUUGCUCAACUGAACUCAACGAGCUUGCACGCAAAAUGCCGUAUGCCCACCACUCGAAGAGUUAUGUAGAAAGUGACCCAAUAGUUCUACCCAAUGGCCGAGUCUACGGAAAACAACGGCUGAUAGAAAUCAGCACGAAGAUGGGAUCUGUGGAAUCGGGCAAGGUCAAAGAUCCAACGACGGGUGAGGUGUUCAGUGAAAGCGAGAUGAAAAAGGUGUACAUAAUGUAA